CGGGAAAUGAACUCAAACAGCUGGAUGAGGAGAGAGACUGGUGCAGUGGUUUGACAGCCCCUGGCAACCCUGGGGUGGAUGUCUGCCUCACCUGUAGAUGGCAGAAGCGGGGAAGACAUGCGUCUAGCCUGCCUAAACGUGGACGAGAAGAAGAAGAAGACGAAGAAGCGGAAGAGGACGCGCGCUAAGCAACAAGUUGGUAGUUGAAACCAGGCACCGUGUUGGUUGCUGUUUCUUAAGAGCUGCUCACAGUCCUCACAGAGAGAUGCAGGGUGCUGGAGGCAGCGCCGAUCAGUCGCAUCCUCUGUUUGGAGGAGCGCUGUCAGCUGUCAUCCCCCACAGUGCCACAGACAUCAGUGAGCUGAGGGAGAUCCCGGACAACCAGGAGGUGUUUGCUCACGCACACACCGAUCAGAGCCUCAUAGUGGAGCUGGUGGAGUACCAGGGUCAGGUGGCGGACCAGGAUUCUGCCAGGUACCACUUUGAGGACAUCGCAGGCAGUAACAAAGCUCUGGAGCAAGGUGCUUUUGAAGUGACCAGUGUUGUGGCUCUGCCCAAAUCGGAUCAGUCCCUGUCAGAGUGCAGCUCAGCCUGGAUGCUGACUGGCACACAGUGUGUAUCCAAGUUCAAUGAAGAGGCGAGGAAUACGGUGACCCUUCACCUGGGUCUGUUCCGUCUGCCCCAGUUCUCUACAGACAUCCUGAUCACCUUCAAUGACCCGCAGAGUAUCAGCCCUGACAGCAGCAGUGCUGCUGCUGUGGGGACACACAGAGUGCCGUGGACGGUGCAGGACUUCCAGCGCUUGUUGCAGACUCUGACUCUGCACAAUCCUGGGCUGUUUGGUUAGAGUAACUGUUACUAACCUCACCCAAUUACAAUUAGUUCUUUCUAAUUGUAUGACACAGGUAGGCUACAUUAAAACCUAGUAGGACUGUGUUUUGCUUGGGGCCCCACAAGCACCUGGCCUGCAGCCCAAAAGUUUUGGAAGCGGUGCCUUCUCUGCCCUGACACGUAGGGAUACACAUUCUGUUCUGCCUCUGAUGUUGACUUUGUUUCAGCGAUUAAAAAUGAACUGAAAACUAAAUAUCUCAUGGUGUUAACAUAGUUGUAUCAUUAUAAAUGUUUUAGAUGAAAAAUGUUGGACUGUUUCAAUAGUUAUGGAUUGUCUGAUGAAGAUUUAUUUCUAGGUUAAAUGUCAGAUAAAUAUGAUCAUAUUAUGUUAUUUUUUCAAGGCAUUUCUGUUUUAUGUGAAGGUAUGCACCUGGCCUAAGACUUGUGAGAUUUGAGACAAAUAACAAAUGUCAGACAGGCGUAUUUUAUGCUUUGGUCUCCCACCACAUUACCCUUUGCCCGGCCUUUCCCCACUCACCCAAGCCUUUCCAUCCCUCCUCACUUAUUCCUCUCUUCUUUUAUUUUACUCACGCCUACACAUGCAGACACAUUCAGCUAACAAAGAGCAGAGUGUUGUCAGAAUCUGUAAUCCAAAAACCUCACAGACCACUAAAUAUUCAUAUAACAAUACUCAACUUGUGCCACACUGCUCAAAUCUCCAUGUGUUAUUUUUUAUUUUUUUUAAAGUCAGAUGCUAAUAAAAACAUUCAAGUAAUGGCAAAGGUCAAAGUAGAGGUCAGAAGGUUAAGGGUAAAAUGAGAUUCCACAUAUAAUAUCCAUCUGGUGCAGUUAAAAUGCAGGUAAUAGUCAUGGAUCCAGUGUCUUCAGUGGAACUUGGGUUUGGUCAUAAACAAUGAAAAUUGAGAGAACCAGUCCCAGCAGGAAAAUGUAUUAGUUCAGCUGUUUCCAUCAUUUACUGCAGUGGCCACAUGGUGGAAUAAUUCAUUAGCCGGAACCUUGGGAAAAAUUGGAGAGGCUUCAUUAAAGGGCGAGUUUGGUGAAGUACAAAAUUUAUGGAAUGGAAAAUGGCCUUUAUUAAUUGUUGCUUUGAAGUUAAAACCAGCCUUUUCAGAUUUGGAAGUCUUAAGUCAUACUACAUGUAAUAGAAGCCUUUUUCUUUGGGUUACAUGUGCUGCUAUUUGAAGAAAAUGGUUUCAAUUUGAGUCUGCUUUUAAUAAAACUCAUCUCCGCAGGGGAAUUCAGGUAAGUCUUGCAUAACAAAUAAGAGGAAGCACAGUCUGUCUCCCCAAAGCCACAUUAAACCCUCCUCAUCCUCUGGUGCAAUCAUGAUGGAUUAAGGUCUCAUAAAGUCAGGCAUCCUUUCCUCUCAGUGAUCCCAGUGUAGCACAUUCUUUCAUUACCCACAACGUC